UCCUGCUGCAGGAGUCGGCCCGGUGCUGGGCCGCCCCUCCCCGCCUCGCUGUUACUGCCAGCCCGCUCGUCUGGACUCGGGGUUCGCGGGCGCGGUGGCCGCUGCCCGCCUCCAGGCUGUGCGACAGCGCAGACGGCUACGCGCAGAACCAGGCGGGCUUUACAACGGACACCGAAUCCCGGCAUCGUGGAGAGAACAAGGGGCUUUUAUUCUCCUCCGGUCACUUUAGCCCAGCUCCAGUUAAACCGAAACCAGCCACAACAACACACCAGCACUGCCCCCGAGCCUGCCACGGCCUACUGCUGGGACGGGGACUCCUACCCCCGGCUCUGGGAGCUCCCGCGCAGGCGCCGAGUCGGACCGCCCCUUCCUGGGCGGGCGGCCGCGGAGCGGGCCGGGCCGGCAGGGUGCGGGAUGCUGCUGGUGCUGUCGGAGGAGCAGAAGGCGCACCUGGGCUUCCUGCCGCGAGCGGGCGGCGCAGCCGUCGGCGAGCUGGGCCGUCUGGCGGUGGAGCUGCUGCGGCGGGGCGCGGCGCCGCGGGCCUGCGAGGCGGCCGCCAGAAAACUUAACAUCGAUGUUGACACCGUUCAGCAUGGAGUAGAAGGGCUAUCAUACCUGCUUACCGAGAGCUCCAAGCUUAUGAUUUCUGAGAUAGAUUUCCAAGAGUCCAUUCAAGUUUUGGGAUUCUCGGAUGAACUGAACCAGUUACUGCUCCAGCUGUACCUUGACAACAGGAAAGAGAUCCGCAGCAUCCUCAGUGAGCUGGCCCCAAAGCUUCCCAGCUAUCACAGCCUGGAAUGGAGACUGGAUGUGCAGCUUGCAAGCCGAAGUUUGAGACAACAGAUUAAGCCUGCUGUGACUCUAAAGCUACAUCUCAAUCAGAAUGAAGAUCAAACUGCUCAGGUGCUGCAAACUGACCCUUCCACUCUCCUCCAUCUAAUUCAGCAACUGGAGCAAGCACUGGGGGAAAUGAAAACAAACCACUGCAGGAGAAUAGUGCGCAACAUGAAGUAGUGCUGGUGCCAGGCUGGGGGCUCACUUGCCUAAAGCAAUGCUCACAAAUACAUUUUGAGGAGAAAUAAACAUCUGGAUCAGAUGAAAUGCUUUCCUGUGCCAGGAUCUUAAGCCAGUAAUGACUGGUUGCAUGUUCUCCAGUGCUAACUUUGCACCUCUGCCUGAGAGGAGGUAGGAAACUGGCUUUGCUUUGGUAGUAAAUGCAGAAAUUCAACAUGCUAUGCUGAGGGUUUCUUUAACUCGGUACAGUUCCACGUGAAAGCCUUUCCUACAGUAAGUAGAGCUCUCUCAGUAUUAUAUGAGGCUGCACAUUAUGUUUAUCAGGUAGUUUUUUCCCUGGGUUUUAAGGAGGUUUUUCGAAACCAGCUCUGUACUGGUGGGGCAUGAUAAUUUACAGGCUGUUCCCUUCCUCUAGACUCAUUAAGAGUACAUGUGGGAUUCACCCAGCCUGAGCUGGGUGCUGCACUGCCUUCCUACCCUUCUUUCAUAAGGAAAGAAAGCCUCAGCAUGUUGACAUUGCCAUUUAAUAAAGCUGGGUCUAGCCCCUGCCAGGCAGGCUCAGUGGGCUGCAGGGAGCAGUCACCAUAGAAAACCCAAACCCAGUGGCCUAAACAUGUCAGCAUGCUGAUCAUGGAUAAAGGGGAGCUGGAACAGCACUACAGCCAAGUCAUGGACUAGAGGGCAGAUUGAGCAGGUAACUUGUGCUAAAUCCCAUUUUCAUCUUGUGCUGGAACAGGUUUUGUUCUCUUCUUUGGAUGGUGUGCUCAUAAAAGAAAGGCUAGCUAAGAACUGCAGAAAAAUCAAUGAUUCUUUCCCAUUUCCUUAAUAAAGGUUUUGUCCAAAGCCA